GUCUGGGAUAGUAACUAGGCUAGCUAGAUAGAUGCUGUGGCAGUGCUGUGUUUGUCUGGUGUGGGGGGUGUGGGGGGGUAGAAGAUACUGUGAUGUAGCCUAGCCAAUCUGGUAAGGUUGUCUUUAAAUGGAGGUUGUACUUGGGAAUGAUGGGUAGGACCAAAUAACUUGUGGUGGUGUUAGGGAUGGGAAAUGUAGACGUGAUAUCUAUGGUGUUUCUGAUGGGACAGGGAGUUAGUGAGGGCUUCUCUUUGGUUUCUGCAGUGUGUGGCCAUACAGGGGUUUGAGGUGUUUGCAGACCCGUCCAAAGCAACAUGAACACAGGCUACAUUCAGCAGCAGCUGAUUAUGUGGUCCCUGGAUGCCCCGCGGCACACCGUCCUCGCCCGCCUGCGCACGGCGCCCCCCGAUGGCCGGCAGCUGACCCCGCCCCCUAGGAUGACGGUGAGCGAGCGGCUGCGGGAGAAGAUCUCGGCGGCGUUCUACCGCCAUGGGCUGCUGUGUGCCUCCUAUCCGGUGCCCAUCAUCCUCUUCACCUCCGCCAGUAUCCUCGCCUGCUGUUACCCCCUGCUGCGGCUGCCUCUGCCGGGGACAGGGCCGGUGGAGUUCACCACACGGGUCCGAGAUUACACCGUCCCUUCCCAUGAGCCCCAGGGAGACCUCGGCGAGCGGCCUGACUGGUAUCAGGGUCCUCCGGUGGCCUACAUCCAGCAGGUCCUGGUGAAGGCAGCUGUGUCUCCCUGGGACAGUACGCUGGUCCCUGUGGACGUGUUCCGCUCCCCACUGGGCCGCGUAUUCAGCCUGCUGGAGGAGAUCCGCAACCAUGUACACAACGACGGUUCUGGGGUCAGGAGCUUGGAGGCGCUCUGCCUGCAGGUGACGGACCUGUUGCCGGGGUUACGGCGUAUGCAGACGGUGCUGCCGGAGCACGGUUGUCUGUUGGUCUCCCCCGGCAACUACUGGCAGAACCAGCGGGAACUGUUUGACUCUGACCCCGACCUGCUGAAGACCGUCCACCAGCACGAACCCAAAGGACUGCACACCUCCGCCACACUGAGAGGUAGAGAGGGAGGAAGGUGAUGGGAGGGGUCAGGUAAAUAGAGGGCAGAGCAGAGGAAGUAUCCUUUUGUAUCCCUUUAGCUAAUGCUCAUUGAGCCCCAACUAGAACAUGUGAGCGGAGUUGAGCGGUUGGAAAUUGCGCUCAUCGCUCAUGGAGCGGUGCUUGCGCUCCAUGGCCUUUCCUACCGCUCCAAAUUCGCUCCGUUCAUUAAAAUCACAAUUUAACCAACACCCAUCUAUUUUUGUGACUACCUGGACCUACCAAUUUGGUUUUUAAGUAUUGAAACCAAACCAUAUGGAUUUGAAUGAAAAGUAUUUGAAUAAACAUGAGAAGGUAAAUGUAAGAAGCGAACAUCAUUUCA